UAGAGGGCUCCUUGUUAGAAACCUCUCCCAUAAAACUUGAUUCAUUCAUAGCUCGCACGUUGAAGAGCGUUCGUCGGCUCUGUCUCUUUGUUUUACAUUUUUUUGAAGAAGAUGUCAGCUGUGAGACAGCUUUUCGGAGGGUCCUUCCUCUCGGCCUUCCUUCAGGUGGCUUUCGACAGGUUUGCCUCUCCUGAGUUGCAGGAAUUCUUAGUCCAAUGGAAAAUCGAUUUAGAUGAAGUGGAGUCACUGAAGCGGACGUCAGCCAUGAUUCAGGCCUUAUCUGAUGAAGCCGAAAUGAAGCAAUUCACUAAUGGUGCUGUGAAACUGUGGCUGGACUACCUACAACAACUCCUUUAUGAUGCAGAAGACAUACUGGAUGAGUAUGCCACUGAACUUCUACGCCUGAAAUUGGAAUCAGCUCACCAAACCCAACAGGGCAUUAAACGGAAUGAAUUAGAAGGAAGGGAUAUCGGCGAGAGUUUACAAAGAAUGAAAUUCGAAUCUGAAUAUCAGACCCACCCUCUCCAAACCCAACAGGUACGCAACCCUGUUCCUCUCACUCCAGGUGAAAGUAGUAUGUCAUCUUUGUUGGAGUCUGUUACAGAGUCUGAGAUUGAGGGUAUCAAUGAGAAGUUUGGAUCAAAGGUAAGGUAUAUCAAUGAAAGGUUAAAAAUUGUAGCCCAAGAAGGUGUUACUCUAGGUUUGAACUCAAGCAUCUCAAAACAGAGGAUAUUCAGUCAAAGGCCACCGACAAGUUCUUUGGUGAUUAGUUCUAAAGUUUUUGGCAGAGAGGAUGAAAUGUGGAAGAUUGUUAAAUGGUUGCUAUCAGACAAAAAUCCAAGUCUCGGUGGCAAUGACAAUAAUUUCUCGGUGUUGCCCAUAGUCGGCAUGGGUGGAGUUGGGAAGACGACCCUUGCUCAACUUGUCUACAACGAUGAGAGAGUUGAAAAGUAUUUUGGUUUGAAAGCUUGGGUUUGUGUAUCGGAAGACUUUGAUGUGGUGAGGUUAACAAAAGAAAUUCUUGAGUCAGCCACUGGGUCAUCCCCUCCUUCUAAUUCACUAGACCUGCUACAAAUGAAACUUAAAAAAACAUUGAGUAAGAAACGAUUCUUAUUAGUUUUGGAUGACAUGUGGAACGAGAACUACGAGAGAUGGGAUGCUUUGAGCACUGUUUUUGCAUUCGGUAAACGCGGAAGCAAGAUAUUGAUUACAACACGGAACAAAGGAGUUGCAUCAAUCGUGCGCACUGUUCCAAACGAUCAUUGUAUUAAAGGUCUGUCAGAUGAAGCUUGUUUUGCAUUAAUUAGAAGGCACGCUUUCAUGGAUGAAAAUCCAUUUGAUGCAAAUCGAAAGUUGGAAGUAUUUGGAGAAGAAAUUGUGAAGAAAUGUAAGGGUUUACCUUUGGCUAUAAAGACACUUGCUGGCCUCUUACGAGAUAAAAGGGAGAAUUAUGAGUGGGAAGACAUUUUGGAGAAUGAAAUAUGGGAUUUCAAAGAGAGUGAGAUCCUUCCAUCGCUCAUGUUGAGUUACCAUCAUCUUCCACCACAUCUAAAGAGAUGUUUCGCAUACUGUGCUCUGUUUCCCAAAGACUAUGAAUUUACCAAGAUUGAUUUAGUUGUCUUGUGGAUGGCAGAAGGUCUUGUUCAACCAAAAGGAAGGAAAAGGUUGGAAGAUAUAGCAGCUGGGUAUUUUGAUGAACUAGUUAUGAGGUCAUUCUUUGAGUUAUCCAAUCGUCGUCAUCCUUUGGCAGGCCCGUUGCUUAUUGAGUUAUCAAAGGAAAUUCAUAGCAGAUCAUUAUUUGAGUCAUCCAGUAACACAGGAUCAGGAUUUGUGAUGCAUGAUCUGAUCCAUGAUUUAGCACAAUUUGUUUCGGGUGGAAUAUAUUGUAGGAUAGAGAAUGAUAAGCCAUGCCAACUUCUUACGACGACCCGUCACUUGUCCUACGUUAUGGACAACUAUAGUAUUGAGGCACCAAAAUCCGAGGCCAUGAUAAGCUUACGCACCCUGCUAACUAUAAAUGAUAUUGUAGGUAGUCCCAGGUACUUUUUUCCCACCACACAAUUACAAUUGCAGUUCCAAUUCAUACGAGUGCUACGUUUCAGAAACUGUUUCAACUGUGAGUUGCCUGAUUCCGUUGGCAGAUUGAAACAUUUAAGGUAUCUUGAUCUCUCAUUUUCUGAUAUUGGGAGGUUACCGGACUCAAUUGGAAGUCUUUACAAUCUACAAUCAUUGGUCCUUAUUGGCUGUGGGAGGCUUAGAGAGUUGCCUGCAGAUAUGGGUAACCUUAUAAAUCUUCGACAUCUUGUUCUCCCUGCACAUUGGGGUUUCAAUAAAAUUUCAUUCGUAGUGGGUAAUUUGCCCUGUCUUCAAUUGUUGACCACAUUUGACGCAGGGUUAAAAAAGAAGGUGUACCAACUCUGUGGGACCUCGAACAUUUCAUAUUUGGAAAAUGUGGGCAAUAAUGGAACAGAAACCAUGGUGGUCAAGUUUCACCCUCUUAGGCUACGGAUUCACAACAUCACAUCUCUCCGAAUACUUCAAAUAUCAAACAGUGAGAAUCUGAGGUCACUACCCAAGGAGCUAUACGCUCUAACAUCUCUCCGAGUUCUUCGAAUUUCAAAGUGUGAGAAUUUAGAAUCAUUACCCAAAGAGCUACACACUCUAACGUCUCUCAGAAGAUUCGUAAUCGGAAGUUGCCCUACUCUUGUGUCCUUCCAAGAAACAAGGUUACCCACUGCGCUUCAAGAAUUGAAGAUCUUCGAUUGCGAGAAUCUGAAGUCACUACCCAAGAAUCUACACACACUAACAUCUCUCCAAGAAUUUGUAAUCGAAAGUUGCCCUGCUCUUGUAUCAUUCAAGGAAACUAGGUUACCCACUGUGCUUGAAGAAUUAGUGAUCAUCGAUUGUAAGAAUCUGGAUUCCCUACCUAUGGGACUACUGCACAAUCUCACAUCCCUCCAAAGAUUAGAAAUUAAAGACUGCCCUUCUCUUGAGUCCUUUCCAGACAUGGGUUUACCCAUUGUGCUUAUGGAGGUAUUGAUUCUGAAGUGUGGGAAGUUGAAUACCUUGCCUAAGGGGCUGCACAAACUCAUAAAUCUUAACCAACUGGAGAUUGUAGAAUGUUCUUUUCUUAUGGAGUGCAAGAAUCUUGAACCUCUACAUGCCUCGGGCCUUCAUAAUCUCACCUCUCUUUCAUAUCUCACCAUUGGUGGAUGUCCUUCUCUUGAGUCCAUUCCAAAUGGAUUGCUUCCCACAAACCUUAGGGAUUUUUGUAUCGUGGACUGCCCAGUUCUUGAAUCCCUACGUGAUGGACUCUCUGCCCUAACCUCUCUUAAACGUUUGGAGAUCCAGAAUUGUCCAUUGCUAACACAACAAUGCCAAAAGAAGGAAGGAGAAGAGUGGUCCAAGAUUGCCGAAAUUCUUAUGGUAAUGAUAGAUUACGUAUGGCAAUGAUGCCUAACCACCACUUUUGGGCCUUCCCUCUCAUAAUAAACCCAUGGAUGGAGUACUACAGACAGAUGGUGCUUAUGAUGCGAAAAACACAAUAAAAGCGGAUAUGCAUUGGAGACAGUAGUGAUUGAGGAUAAUGAUGAGAUGUGAAGAGCAUGAGUACUUGACCCAGCAGACACACAUGACCGAUUAUUAUUGUUAUAAUGGGAAUUUCUCUUAGAUGGAAUGCUUCUCUUUGAAAAUGCUCAAGAAUUGCCACAAAGUGUCAUGGCAAUUGCAUGGAACUUUUCAGCUAAAUAAGGCAGCUAAAAAGUGCUCUUUUUUUCUUUCUGUCAUCUAUUCCAUCGUCUUUUGUAGCUUCCUAAUAAAUUCUUAUCUCUGUUCUAUAAUGGAUUCGUUGAUAUGAGUGACAUUGUAUU